AAGCGGACUAUAAAGACGGUGGCACCUUGGGGGGAAGUAUCCAGUAAAGUCUGGACUUCGACCAGAUACCCCGAGUGCCUGUGAAACAUGAAAUUUUUGAUUCCUACGAUAGUUUUCGGCCUGCUGGCCACGGCGUUCUGCGAGGAGAGCGCGAAGAACGCGGAGGCUCAAGAACCGAGCGUGGAAAAGAAGCAAGAGAAACGAGGUCUCAGCCAUCUCGAGGGAGGUUACGAAGGGGGUGAUCUCGGCGGAGGGCACGAGAUCUCUUUGUCGGGUGGAGACGGCGGUGGCUAUGGCGGUGGAUACGGCGGUGGAUACGGCGGUGGAUACGGUGGAGAUGACCUCGGCGGUGGUUACGCUGGAGGUUACGGUCACGAAGAAGGCAAAGUGAAGGAGAUCACGAUCGUGAAGAGCGUGAAGAUACCCUAUCCGGUCGAGAAGAAGGUCCACUAUCCGGUCGAGAAAGAGAUACCGUACCCAGUCAAGGUGCAUGUACCACAACCGUAUCCAGUGGAAAAGAAGAUUCCAGUUCCAGUAAAAGUCCUGGUCAAGGUACCGGUGCAUAUCCCGCAACCCUAUCCAGUGGAGAAAAAGGUACCAUACCCGGUCCAAGUACCCGUGGAGAGGCCAGUACCGUACAAGGUUUACGUGCCACAGCCGUACCCGGUGGAGAAAAAAGUACACUACCCUGUGAAGGUACCUGUACCUCAGCCGUUCCCUGUCGAGAAGCCUGUACCAUACCCCGUGAAAGUCGUGGAACACGUUCCUCAACCGUUCCCUGUCGAGAAGCCUGUACCGUACCCCGUGAACGUGCCCGUUGAACGGCCAUAUCCCGUUCACAUCCCGAAACCGUAUCCAGUUCCGGUCGAGAAACACGUACCAGUGCCUGUCGAAAAGCCUGUACCUUAUCCAGUCAAGGUGCCGGUGGAGCGACCAAUCGGAGUACCAGUGGAGAAGCCAGUACCUGUCCAUGUCAAGGUACCAGUACCAGCGCCCUAUCCAGUGGAGAAGCCAGUACCUGUGCCUGUCGAGAAGCCGGUACCGUACGCGGUGAAGGUACCGGUGGAACGGCCAGUGCCAGUUUCGGUGACGAAACACGUACCAGUGCCUGUCGCUAAACCUGUGCCCUAUCCAGUCAAGGUUCCAGUACCUGUGGUGGUGCACAGUCACGGAGGAGGUUACGAGGAGUCUGGAGGAUACGAGGGUGGCUACGAGUCCAGUUAUGGGGAACAUUAGAAGAAUUAGGGUAGGUCGAGUGGUAGCCAGUGGCGCCUGGUAAUAUUGUUUAAUAUCACAAUUUUGUCGCGUUACAUUCGUCUUCCCUUGGUUGGAAAUAUUUUAGAAUUCGUUCUUUUCUUUCUUUUCGACGCGACGGGGGUAUAUUUAUUACAUUUCUCGGAAAAGCAUUUCGCUGCGUUGAAGAAUGAUUUGUAAAGUAAAGGAGUUUGCAAGGUGACGUUCCAGAGCGUUCUUCAACCAGUGAUUCACUUAGAUCGUAGCGAUUUUGAUAUCUUUUGAUACCUGAGUACCUAAGAAUACACAUAUUGUACACGUGCGAUGUAUUGUAGAAGGAUUCAUACAUAGAUGGUGUUUGCUGGCGAUUGAUUGCGAGCUCAGCCCGGUGAACACCCCUGUACCCAUGUCUUUCGCUUCUUUUUAAUAAAACCAAAGAACAAAAA